AUGGCAUGCUUUGCGAAGAUAUUCGGAAGGAAGCAUGGUUCGUUCAACCUUCCCAUGGCCGGCGCAGGGGACGGUGGAAUCGUGGCCACACGUGUGACGCGACGGAUUAUAGACGAGGAGCUCAAUCAGACCGCCGCACCGCCAACAAGUCGGGCCAACGGCUAUGGGGUGACCGCGGGCGAGAAGGCACCGGCACCACCUCCACCGGCAGUCCUCACCACGGUGCCCUCGGUGGCCAAGUCUAACGAACGUGAGUCCGGGCUGGGAUCGUUGGACGAACGACUAAACUUUACAUCCACCGCUGCCACAGGCGACACUAGCUCCAACCGAGAGGAUACGACGGACGACGCACCACCUUUGCCAUCGACCGGCUCGACCGGGCCCACGAUCGAGCGGAAGGCGUCGAAACCGCGCGACUCCAGCGAGGCGGUGAAGAUCAGCAGUAGUUCACGCGAAACGUCAACGGCUGAACCUGUGGAUCAAGGCCUACAGGGUAUGACACCGAAGGACCUGCUGCAGCACAAAAUCCUACACAUGCUGGCACUGCAAUCGAAGGGAUACAAACAGCUGUCGAAGGGUGAGCGAGCCACGCUGAUCCGCCUGGAGCGGGACAUACAGGAGCUGCAGGGAGAGAUUGCAGCGAAAAGGAAACAAGAUGCCACGGCAACAGUAAUGGCCGAGCCACCGCAAGAGCUACCGACACGGGACGUUCGCGACAGUGUUAGCUCGUACGAAACGAAUCUCCAAGCACCGAAGCGUCCGACUCCAUCGUCACUUAGCGUUCCGAUGACGAGCCGAUCGGAGGAGCAACUGCUUGAGGGCGAGCUGUCCGAUUACGAUGUCAUUCCGCUGAGGAAAGAUGUCGUCCCGGAGGCACCCAGCUCGGAGGAUGACCGAUCGUCGGUGUUGCCACCCGAUCUACCGCCACGUGAUGCGCGGUUGGAGCAGGCAGAGGCAGACGCUGACGAUACGUCGCAAGACGAGGAACCGACUCCACCGAAGCUGCCACCACCGAGGAGCCAGCUGGAGCAGAACAUUAUGGACGAGGUGAUGGCUCGCACGUUCCAGGAAACGAUGGUACGGCAGGCGGUCAACAUGCGGGAAGAGGAAAAGGACAUUCCUUUACCAACGGCGCCACCACCAUCGAGAGAACCACCUCCAACUCCUGCUCCCCAAGAUGAACUACCGGACGAUGAACCCCUGGCGAUUGCGACACCACUGCGGAAGGAGGUGCUCCUGCGCAAGAAGUCCUCGCAGCGAUCGUUGAUCGAGGAGCUGGACAACACGACGGGUACGCUGAAGAAAGCGCGCAAACAGGGCGUCGUGUCGGACAAGACGGACCUGAAGGAAUCGAAGGACAUCGUCAUUCCGUCGCACCCGAAGAGCGCCGACACGGAGCUGCUUAUCAAGACGGCGAUCGUGGCGAACGAUUUCCUCAACAACAUGAUGGACGAGGAGCGGCUGCUAGCGGUGACGGCCGCGAUGAGCUCGAUGUCCUUCCCACCGAACAGCUACAUCAUCAAGGAGGGUGACAUCGGGGCGCACUUCUUCGUGUCGGAGGAGGGCACGUACGAGGUGGUGGUCGACAAUAAGGUGAUCAAGUCGUUCGGCCGGGGCGUGGUGUUCGGCGAGCUGGCCAUCCUGUACAAGGCGAAGCGGUUCGCUUCGAUCCGCGUCACGACCGGCGCGAAGGUGUGGCUGCUCGAGCGGAAGGUGUUCCAGAAGAUUAUGAUGAAGAGUGGCCGCAGGGAGCGGGAGGAGAACGUGAAGUUCCUCAGCACCGUGUCCGUGCUGAAGGAUCUGGAGAUUGAGAAGUUGCACAAAAUCUCCGACCUGCUGAAGCGGGAGUUCUACGCAACCGGCUCCACCAUCAUUCAGCAGGGCGAUCCUGGUGACAAGUUCUACAUCAUCCGCGGUGGAAGUGUGAACGUGAUCAAGACGGACAAGAAGGGUAACGAACGGUUGGUUGGAACGCUGCAACGCGGUGCCUACUUCGGCGAGCAGGCACUCCUCCAUGAGGACCGCCGGCUGGCCAGCAUUAUCGCGAACCCGCCAGGAACCGAAUGUCUCACGCUGAAUCGCAUUGCGUUCAACGAGUUCCUGGGUGGAUUAGAUCAACUGCGCGAGGUGAAGCUCUCCGACACCAUCCCACGCAACUCGACGAUGACAAAUAUUGUCUCAGAAUACGACCACAUCCAGUUGCACGAUCUUACCUACAUCGGCACGCUCGGGAUCGGCGGGUUCGGGCGGGUCGAGCUGGUGCAGUACCGCAAUCGCCAAACGUUCGCGCUGAAGUAUUUGAAAAAAAUCGAAAUGGUACGCCAGCAGCAGCAGGAGCACGCCUACAGCGAAAAGGACAUCAUGCUGAGCUGCAACAGCCCGUUCAUCGUCAGAUUGUACAAAACAUACCGGGAUAAGAAGUAUCUCUACUUCCUAAUGGAGGCCUGCCUUGGCGGUGACGUCUGGACGGUGCUACAGAAGAGUAAAUUCUUCGACGAGCGAACGGCACGCUUCAUCACGGGCUGCGUAGUGGAGGCGUUCGAGUAUCUGCACAGCCGGAACAUGAUCUACCGCGACUUGAAGCCGGAGAACCUUAUGCUGGACGAGCAGGGCUACAUUAAGCUGGUUGACUUUGGGUUCGCGAAGCGCAUCGGACCGAACCAGAAGACGUGGACGUUCGCCGGUACGCCCGAGUACGUGUCGCCGGAGAUCAUCCUCAACAAGGGUCACGACCGGGCCGUCGACUACUGGGCGCUCGGGGUGCUGAUCCACGAGCUGCUGGUGGGGAAGCCGCCGUUCCGCGGCAAGAACCACAUGAAGACGUACAACGCCAUCCUGCGCGGUAUCGACAUCGUGGAGCUGCCGUCGCGCGUCCCGAAGAAGGCACAGGUUCUGAUCAAGCGGCUGUGCCGGCAGACGGCUGCGGAGAGGCUGGGCUACGGCAAGAAUGGUAUCGCGGAUAUCAAGACCCACCCCUGGUUCGGUAACUUCGAGUGGCAAAGGCUGAAGGAACGUACGAUGCCAGCCCCGCUCGUGCGACCCAUCGUCAACGACAUCGAUCUGUCCAACUUCGACGAGUACCCGAAGGAUCAGGACGAACCGCCGGACGAGAUCUCCGGCUGGGACAUCAAUUUUUAAUUUAAUCGCAUUUAAGCGACAGCCAACCGAAUGAAAUGCAACACCGGGCACAGUUUAGCCGAAAGCCCUUCUACCGUUUAAAUCGAAUACACUUGCAGCCAGAAAAAAAAAGAAACCGGAAAUGAAGUACGCAUGCUUCGAUCCGAAAGGUGUUCGAACCGGUGGACCGUCCCCGUCGGGUCAUUUUACGGCCGCGAAACGUGAUAUUCGAUGUGGAAUUACGAGUAACAAUCGGAUAUUAAACAUAGUUAAUUAUUCA